GCGACUGCCUGAUUGACCAGGACAACCACCUCUCUCCAACGUGUCCAAUCGCCGUACAAGUGCGCCUCGCCUUGCAUCCUCUCACCACGCGCUUCCGAGUCCAAUUCUCGGGCCCCUGCGAGCCGACGAGAUACUUCGUCUUGUCACAACCCGCAACAGCACGCAAUACGAAUUGGCCCUGCUCGACGACGAUCCCGGCCACGCUUGCGCGGAUGAUGAGCGUCUUGUUCUGAUCGAGCUUCACAUCUCCUGCCUGGCCCCUUGUGGCACAGCGCCGCAGCAGCAAUGGCCGCAUCCCGCCGCGGCCAGCCGGAACUGCAUGUUCGCCUUCCGACUCAACCACUCGGCCCCGUCUCGAGCCUGACGACAGCGACACCACUGCCUCCCGACCUGCCGCCGAUUUCGGCACUCUUCCUCAUCGAGUUCGACGUGAAAGCCGGCUAUACCAUCUCCUGGAAGGCAGCGCAGCCCGGAGUUGACCUUGAGGGAGCUGUCGAGUACAAGUCGCUGCCAUCUGGACUUCAUGCCGUCUCCGAGGACUUGAUAUACUUUGUCCAUGAGCAAUAUGCUGGGCUGAGCGCAUUCAUUAAUGCUCCCGUCGAGGACAGCCAGCUCCGCAAUGCCCGAAUGCUGGCUGUCGGCGUCCUUGUGCCUCUUAGCUAUGGACGUUUGGGGCGGGCGUGGAAACAUGCCGAAGGGCUCAAAGAACUGGUCUCUGCGCUCUCCACGGAUGUCAAGGAUACUGCUGCCCUCCAGCAAUACUGGGACAAGAAUCAUGCUCGUGAAGACAAAGCAGAAGAUGGGAACAAGAGACUGUCUCUCGACUCGCCUUCAGUGACGUUCCAGUCUCCAACCAUCAAAACACCCAACCGAGGACAUGCUCGGAAACGUUCAGCCUCAGACGGCGCUGGCAUAUUGACGUCUGGACACAAGCUUUCACCGUAUCACCCGGCUUGGAGCUUGACGAAGCUACUCGACACCUUCGGUCCUCUCAUAUUCCCCAUACAGCGUGCGGCGCUAUUGCGCAAGAGAAUAUUGAUAUCGUGUCAUGCGCCUGUUCACGAAGCAUGCAACUUUGUGUACGACAUCUCCAUUCUGUCGAACAUUCCCCUUUCUUCUCUUGAGGUAUUGAGCCCUGAAGGGCCAUCCCAUCGUUUGCGGCCGUUGUUCACUGUCGGGGUGCACGAUAUCCCUUUCCUUGUCGAUGAUGCCAAGCAGGAGCCUACCAUCGGUAAAGACGAAGAGCGUGGCACCGGCUGGAUUGCAUGCACAACCGACAGCAUACUCGCCAUGAAGGAGACGUUAUGGGAUGUGCUCAUCACGAUGCCAACAACCCAAACAGCAAACCCCUCGGGCUGGUCAUGGCCGACUGUUCAAGGUCGGGGCGGGGUGACCAUCAGAGCGACACAGCGGGACUUGCGACGCUUCAAGGCUUUGAAGCGUGGCCUAGCUCGGCUUCAAACUGUUCCAGGCAGCGCGGUUGCUUCGCCAUCGCCUUCACGUCCCAACACUUCACAUCAAGCAGAGGGUUCAAUACUUGACGAGGCCGAGAGCAUCGUCGAGCCUCACACUUGGGCGGCACUAGCGUACAACGGCUUUAUGUGGUGGGCUUCGGCCGGAGAGCAGGCGCGGUCCGACGAGGCCGAAGAGGCGGCACAAGAUGCCUCGCUCCUGGCUGAUCUAUCGAGCAGCAUGAGUAUGUCGCAUCCUUCUGGUGAUGUUGCAGGAUCGAUUGGCUCGCUUGAACGAACACGUAGGCUCUCGACAAGCGGGCAGCAACCAGACGAGGCGCAAGUGGAGCUCGCCAUCAUUGCAUACUUCCAUCGCCUCACAUCGAAUAUGCUUUCUGUAGCUGGGGAGGUCGUUGAGGCUAUGCGCUACAACGAGAUUGAGAUCGGACAGGAAGCCGCAAAUGCGAUAGACGACGAUGAGACAAGUAGUCCCACGGAGAGCGAGCGCGAACACCUGCUCGCUGACAGUGGUGACAGUGGUAGGAUCGAGGAUGAUGAUGAUGAUGAUGACACAGACAGCAUCAACGGCGGCAGGGGUGUCCGAGUCGAUAAUGAGUCGAUCUCACGCAUGGGGCUUGAUGUGUGGAGUCCCGCCGAUGCCAAAUUUGCGUGCGAGCUUCUUCAAGAGUACUAUGGGCGGAGAGCCUAUGUGGAAGGGAAAGUGGUCGAGAUAUGUGGCGUCAGAGUGUGCUGAGACGUCCACAAGAACCUGGCAUUCUUUGAUCACGUUUGUACAAGUUGUGGGCUAUUGCUUGUUUUCUAUGUUGCCCACAGUUCAGGCGUAAGGGUGGGGUUUUCUUCUCAAAGUUAUUGCCAUUCUUAUUGUCUUCGGAUUAAUCACAAAACUGCCCAGUGGGGGGUUUCUUCUCCAAACAAUGCUUGUAAAGACAUGCUCUGAGGCAGAGAACCCAGGAGUCUAAAGGUAGAUGCUUGCACUUGAAACUCAUUGGCCUUGAGCUUGUUUGGGACGGACAGACGCUCAGCAUGCUCCUGAGAGAGGAGUUGAUGAAGAAGACAAGCAACAUGUCCACGGCGCCCAUCGUACCUUGGCUGCAUUUCCUGGUACAUGCACAUGUCCAGUCGUAUUGCGGAACAUGGAACCAGGGAAGUGCUAUGUAUAGAUACACGACAUUUC